AUGGGCUCAUGUUUGACUAGAGAGGAAACCAAAACAAUAAAACUAGAGUCUAGUCCAAACAAUGAAGAAAUCAAAUCUGGUACAAAAACUGAAGAAACAAAACUAGAGUCUAGUUCAAAAAUCGAAGAAGAAAUCGAAUCUGGCACAAAAAUUGCUGAAGAAACAAAACUAGAGUCUAGUCCGAAAAAUGAAGAAGAAAUGAAACUAAAAGGAACUGAAUGGCUCUAUUUACCAUUCGAAAUGCGCCAAAAUAUCAUCGAUUUUAUGAAUCUUGAAACAAGAGCAAGACUUGCAAAAUGCUCAAAAGAUUGUUGCGACGAAGUUAUGCUAAGUCGAGAUUUCGCUGACGGAAUUGAAAUAAUGAGUUUUGGAGAGAAAGGAGAAGGAGAAGAUCGGAGAAUUUCGAUAACUUUGGAUACAGAAGGUGAUGAAGAAUGGUCAUUUGAUAUAACCGAAGUUGCGGCUGGGAUUUGUCAAGUUAAGUGGGUGAUGAGUGGGCAAAUAAUUUCGAUGACAACUUUUGAGAAUCAUGAUCUGAUGGAUGUUGUUUUGAUUUACUUCAAUUAUAUUUUGCAGAAGAAUUCGAGAAGUUUGAGCACUAUUGAUAUUGAUAUUGUGAGUUGAACUUUGAGAGAAUAAAAAUGUAGUUUUCAUUGAUUUUCAGCGGAAAAAUAUAUGUUUUCUAGUGAUUUUCGCGUCUUAACUUUAACAUGAGCAAUAGCUGAAAAAUUACGGAAAACAAAGAGUUUAGUAUGAGCAAUGCCAUUUUUUGCGAAAUUGAUUUCUUAGGAAAAAUUUAAAAAAAAAACAGAUUUCUUAGGAAAAAUUAUAAUAUGAGCAAUAAUUCAGAAUUUUGAAUUUGCCGGCGAUUCGUUUUCGCGCUUUGAAAUCACGCGGCCGAACUUUUGAAAAACUCGGCCAUCUCGAUUUUUGGCGCCGAAAUCCAGCAAAUUCAAAAUUUUGAAGAUUUAACAAUUUCAAAAUUCCACAUUAAGCAUUGCUCAUACUAAACUCCUUGUUUUCCCUAAUUUUUCAGCUAUUGCUCAUGUUAAAGUUAAGACGCGAAAAUCACUAGAAAACAUAUAUUUUUCGAAAAUCUAGCAGAUUUUCUUUUUUUUUUACAUCAAAAUCUGCUGAAAACUGAAUUUUUCAUGAAAAAAUGUAUUUUUCAGGACGAUUUUCCAUAUGAUCGAACCAAUAUGAACAACUUAAAAACUAGAAAUCCAGUAGAAUUGACGCUUUUAACAAAUAAAAAUGGAAUUGAUCCAAUUUCAAGUGGAUUUGUUGAUUUCGAACAUCUUAGUCGUUUUCAAUCAGUCUUCGAAAUUCCGAAUAUUCGACUAGAAGAUCUAUCCAAAAUCAAAUGCAGAUUUCAAAGUUAUACAAAUCCGAUGUUUAUGCUGAAUGAAUUCGACGAUUUUUUGCGGCGUUGUUUAGUUGAAGAGGAAUUUGAUGAAAAUGUGAAAGAGAUUGAAUUCAAUAAAAAAGCUUUUGAGAUUUAUGAAACGAAAUCUGAGGAAUUUCGAGAUAUGAUUGAGAAAUAUAUGGAUGUUCGAAGAGUAAGGUUGAGAAAUGACGGAAGAUUAAAAUAUGUUCAAUUUGUGCGAGAAUCGAAAGCGAAACGAAAAUAUGUUUUGACUUUGGAAAAACACUCUUUCAAACUUAGAAUCUCUCGAAUUUCCGAAUAA